AGGCGGACUCUCAACCACUGGGCCACCAGGGAAGCCCCAGGCUUUUUUUUAAACUGUUGAGUUUUAAGAGUUUUUGUAUAAUUUGGAGAACAGUCCUUUAUCAGAUGUGUCUUCUGCAAAAUUUUCUUUCAGUCUGUGGCUUAUCUUCUAAUUCAUCUGAUAUUAUCUUUCACAGAGCAUAUAUUUUUAAAAUUUUAAUGAAGUCCAGCUUAUCAAUUAUUUUUCAUAGAUUGUGUCUUUGAUGUUGUAUCUAAAAAGGCAACAUCAUAUAUAGGUCUAUGAGCCAUCUUGAUUUAAUUUUGGUGAAGGGUGUAAGGUCUGUGUCUAGAUUCAUUUUUUUGCAUGUGGAUGUCCUGUUGUUCCAGCACCGUUAGUUGAAGAAACUAUCUUUGCCCCAUUGAAUUGACUUUACUCUUUGGCCAAAGAUCAGUUGACUUUAAUUAUGGGGGUCUAUUUCUGGGCUCUCUGUUCUUUUUCAUUGAUCUAUUUGUAUGUUCGUUCACCAAUAUCACACUCUCUUGAUUAUUCUAGUUUCAUAUUAAGUCUUUUCUACUUUUUAAUUUUAUUUUUAAAUUUUUGGCUGCACUGGGUCUUCACUGCUGCGUGCAGGCUUUCUCUGGUUGCAGUGAGCAGGGGCUAUCCUUCAUUGCGGUGCACAGGCUUCUUAUUGUGGUGGCUUCUCUUGUUGUGGAGCACAGGCUCUAGGCGCACGGGCUUCAGUAGUUGUGGCUCGUGGGCUCUAGAGCACAGGCUCAGUAGUUGUGGCACAUGGGCUUAGUUGCUCUGCAGCAUGUGGGCUCUUCCUGGACCAGGGAUUGACCCUGUGUCCCCUGCAUUGGCAGGCAGAUUCUUAACCACUGUGCCACCAGGGAAGUCCUCAUAUUAAGUCUUGAAGUCAGGUACAGUCAGUUCUCCAGCUUUGUUCUUCUCUUUCAAUUACUGUGUUGGUGAUUCAGAGUCUUUUGCCUCUCCAUAUAAGCUUUCAAAUCAGUUUUUCAGUUCUCCACAGUUUGUUAUUAUCCACAAAAUAACUCUCUGGGAUUUCCAUUGGGAUUGCACUGAAUCUGUAGAUUAAAUUGGGAAGAACUGACAUCUUGACAGUAUUGAGUUGUCCUAUUCAUUAACAUGGAAUAUCUCUCAACUUAUUCAAUUCUUUCAUUUCAUUCAUCAGAGUUUUGUAGUUUUCCUCUUAUACAUCUUGUAUAUAUUAUACUUUGUUAGAUUUGUAGCUAAGUAUUUCAUUUUGGGGGGUACUAAUAUAAAUGGAAAUGUGCUUUAAAUUUCAAAUUCCACCUGUUUUUUGUUGGUAUAUAGGAAGGUGAUUGACUUUUGUUUAUUAACCUGUAUCCUGCAAACUUACUAUAAUCAUUUAUUAGACCUGGGAAAUUUUUGCCAAUUAUUUCUGAUUUUCUACACAGAUGAUCAUGUCAUUUGUGAACAAAGAGAGUUUUAUGUCUUCCUUCCUUCCUUUGUACCUGAUCUUAGAGGGAAAUCUUCGAGUGGCUCACCAUUAAGUAUAAUGUCAGCUGUAAGUUUUUUGUAGAUAAUCUUUAUCAGAUUGAGAAUGUUCCCCUCUAUUUCUAGUUUAUUGAGAAAUUUUAUCAUGAAUGCAUGUUGGAUUUUGUCAAAUGCUUUUUCUGCAUCUAUUAAUUUGAUACUAUGAUUUUUCUUCUUUAGUCUGUUGAUGUGGUGGAUUCCAUUAAUUGAUUUUCAAAUGUUGAGCCAGCCUUGCAUAUAGUGUUUAAUUCUUUUUAUGCUUUUAAAAUUUGAUUUGCUAAUUUUUUUUUGUGUGUGUGGUACGCGGGCCCCUCACUGCUGUGGCCUCUCUCGGUGCGGAGCACAGGCUCCGGAUGCGCAGGCUCAGCGGCCAUGGCUCACGGGCUUAGUUGCUCCGCGGCAUGUGGGAUCUUCCCGGACCAGGGCACGAACCCGUGUCCCCUGCGUCGGCAGGCGGACUCUCAACCACUGCGCCACCAGGGAAGCCCGAUUUGCUAAUAUUUUGUUGAGGAUUCUUGCAUCUAUAUUCGUGAGAGAUAUUGUCACAGGAUUCAAUCUGUGGGGUGCUGUAGUGGCUACUGGUGUGGUCUGCACAUUCUACUGCACCAUGGGUGGUCUUAAAGCGGUUAUCUGGACGGAUGUUUUUCAAGUUGGGAUCAUGGUGGCUGGAUUUGCAUCUGUGAUUAUACAGGCUGUAUUGAUUCAAGGUGGAAUCAGCACUAUUCUAAAUGAUGCCUAUAAUGGAGGAAGAUUAAACUUCUGGAAUUUUAUUCCUAACCCUUUGCAAAGACACACAUUCUGGACGAUUGUUAUAGGAGGGACCUUCACAUGGACCAGCAUCUAUGGAGUCAACCAAUCCCAAGUGCAGAGAUAUAUUUCCUGUAAAAACAGAUUCCAGGCAAAAAUGUCUCUCUACAUCAAUCUUGUGGCACUCUGGUUGAUCCUGACCUGCACAGUGCUGUGUGGGCUCGCCCUGUAUUCCAGAUACCGUGACUGUGAUCCUUGGACAGCCAAGAAAGUGUCUGCACCAGACCAGCUCAUGCCUUAUCUGGCACUGGACAUUCUGCAAGAUUAUCCAGGACUUCCUGGACUUUUUGUGGCCUGUGCUUACAGUGGAACAUUAAGCACAGUGUCCUCCAGUAUUAAUGCCUUAGCAGCAGUAACUGUGGAAGACCUAGUAAAACCUCGCUUCCGAUCUCUCUCAGAAAGGUCUCUCUCUUGGAUUUCCCAAGGAAUGAGUGUGUUGUUUGGAGCUUUGUGUAUUGGAAUGGCUGCGCUGGCAUCACUAAUGGGAGCUUUGUUGCAGGCAGCACUCAGCAUAUUUGGCAUGGUUGGGGGACCACUUCUGGGCUUAUUUGCUUUGGGAAUUUUGGUUCCCUUUGCCAACUCAAUAGGAGCACUUGUGGGUCUGCUGGCUGGAUUUGCCAUUUCUUUGUGGGUCGGAAUUGGAGCUCAACUUUAUCCUCCACUUCCUGAGAGAACUAUGCCAUUAAUCCUUGAAACCUAUGGCUGUAACAGCACAUACAAUGGGACAGAUUGGAUGACAACCACAGAAAUGCCAGUUUCUACCAGUGAUUUUCAAGUAUACAACAUUGAAAGGACUCCACUGAUGGAUAACUGGUAUUCUUUAUCAUAUCUAUACUUCAGUACUGUUGGAACUUUGGUGACGUUAUUUGUGGGAAUGCUUAUCAGUUUAUCAACAGGAGGAAGAAAACAAAACAUAGACCGCAGAUUCCUACUAACCAAAGAGGACGUUUUGUCCAAUUUUGACAUUUUUAAGAAAAAGAAGCAAGUUUUAGACUAUAAAACUCAUCCAGUAGAAGAUGGUGGAACUGAUAAUCCUGGCUUCAACCAUAUUGAAUUGAACUGCACAGAUCAAAGUGGCAAGAUCAAUGGGACUCGUUUGUGAAGUAGCUGUGAUGCUAAAUUAUCUUAAACAGUGUCCCAGUUUUAUAUGUUUUUUAAGAUAAUUGGAUCAGGUUUAGAUUUUUUUUUUUGUCCUAUCAUGAGUGUUUUGGGGGAACUUUGGGGGGAUACAUUUUUGUUAGAGCAAAUUUUGACUUUUACUUUCUAUACUCAUUAAUUGAUGCUACUCUGGAGGUAAGAGUUUUAGCAUCAGUAUCUUCCUCUCUCUCUACUAUUAUUUCAGUGAAGCUGUAGUUGUGAAAGUUUUGAAAGUUGUGACUACAUAUGUGCUGAAAAGCUAAUACACACAUGUACACACAUACUCGAUGGUCAAAAGCAUAUUCUUAAAUUAGGGCAUCAUUAAAAAUAUUUCCCUGCAUUUGGUGCUAGCA